AUGACAGACAUCGAUGUCAAGGAGUACAAAGUCGUGGACGUCCCCAAAGAGAAGCUGAACAAUGGACUGGAGAUCCCCUUGCUGGGCCUCGGCACCUGGAAAGCGGAGCCUGGUGUGGUGGGCAAAGCUGUGGAGAAUGCUCUGAAGCUGGGCUACAGGCACAUUGACUGCGCAGCCCUGUACCACAACCAGGACGAGGUAGGCCGCACGCUGCACAAGGUGUUCAAGGAGGGCAAGGUCAAGCGCGAAGAUGUGUGGAUCACCUCCAAGCUGGACAACAAGGACCAUGACCCGGAGAGAGUGAUAGAGGCAUGCAAGGAGACUCUGAGGGAGUUGCAGAUUGAGCAGCUGGACCUCUUCCUCAUGCACUGGCCUAUCGCUGCCAAGGAGGGGCCCAGCGUGACCUGGCAGGCCAUGGAGAAGCUGGUGGACGAUGGCCUUGUGAAGACCAUCGGCGUCUCCAAUUUCAGCGUCAAAAAGCUGGAGGCACGCCCUCUGAACCUCUUAUCAGACCUUCGCAGUCAUGCGCGCAUCCAGCCGGCGGUGCAGCAAAUAGAGGGGCACCCGUACUUCCGCAACAAUUACAACAUCCACUUCUGCAAGACCCACGGCAUGCAUGUGACGGCAUACUCACCCCUGGGCACACCGGACAGCGCCAGCAUGACCCACCGCGACAAGAAUGUCCCCGUGCUGCUUCAUGACCCCCUCGUCCAAAAGGUUUCCAAGAAGCAUGGCAAGAACCCUGCGCAGGUGCUGAUCCGCUGGGGCAUCCAGCGUGGCACAUCAGUCAUCCCCAAGGCGACCACGGUGGAGCACAUGAAGGGCAACCUGGAGGCUGCCAACUGGGAGAUGCCCCCUGAAGACUUCAAGGACCUCAACUUCCUCGGCUACCAGAAACGCAUGGUGGACGGCAGUGCCUGGUUCAUCCGGCCGGAGGGCCCCUACAAGAACCUGACUGACCUGUGGGACUUCGAGGAGCAGACAGGGUGGCCGCCUGGAGAGUCCACUGUGGGUAUUGAGGUCAAGUGA